AUUGGUUUAAUUUCGUCACCUAAUUUUCGAGUGAGUGCGGGCAAGAGUUGAUACUAAUUAAAUCGUCGAUGGCACGAAACAAAGCUUGAGCAUAGCUGGAGAGCGGGUUCUCUAUCAUUCUCUAGGCGUUGUCUGUAGCAGCAGCGCGGCACUGUGCGCAGGAACGCGGGAACUGGAACUGGCGGGAACGACGCACAUGUGUGCUGUGUGUCCGUGGAGUCUGCGCGCGUUUUUCGUGCUUGCCAUCGAAUCUCUCUAAUCUGUCCGUGUGUGCGCGCACAUAAACAACUACUUACAUGAGAGCCGAUAGUAGCGAGAGUAUACAAUCCUUUUCUUUCUACGGUGCGCGAACGAUGAUCACACGUAGCAAGGGAACCAAAAGAUCCUCGUCGUGGCGUGUAAACAAGGAUGUUGAACAUGAGAGAACUGAUGUUGAUCCCUUGCAUGAAAUGGAGAGAGGUACUGCGAAACGGCCGAAACUGGAGAAGAAAGGGAAAGGAGACAAAAAGAAAACGGACAGUAACGAUUUUGAUGCAAUAAGGCAGAGGAACAUCGAAGAAAAAAAUGCGUUUUUACAGUCCCUGAACAUCGAUGGGCUAAAGCUGGGCCUUGUCAGUUCAAAGAAGACCACCCCCACUUCCAUAAGAAAAAAGCCCAAGGUAGAAGCGCUUCCUCGUCGGCAGAGUUUACGACUUCAAAGUAAAGAGCCUAGUAAUGAAGUAUCGCACACAUUUGAAGCCCCUGUGGAAGGAGUGCUGAAGGUUGAACGAGUUGGACCCUUGGAUUUCAAAGCUGUGUUUGAAGGUUCCACUGAGGCUGAACAGUCUUUUCUGCUUGAAGAGACCACAAGCAGCAUGUUAAAGACCGCGCUUCCACCAUUGACGAAGGAGAACAUCAGGGACCUGGAAAGGUACAAGAAUGCCUUCAGGAACAUGACAGUCGACGGCACUUGUAUUGAGAAGCUUACAGUGCACCGCAUCACAUGUUUAGCAGUACAUCCAUCGAAGGAUGUGACCCUCGCAUGUGCAGGAGACAAACGUGGAUACCUCGGGUUCUUCAAGCUGGGAAAGGACGGUGCAGAAAAUAUAGUUGAAACGUACAGCCCACAUGCAGCCGGAGUGAUGUGCCUCAAAAUAAGACGGGAUGCACCUCGAUACAUAUAUUCCGGCAGCUACGACGAAACUAUUAGACGUGCCGACAUUGAAACUGGAAUCUUUGAAGAGAUCUACAGGGCUCCCAUUGAUAGUGGUGUGCUGUAUUUUGCGUGGGAUGGACCAAGCACCAUGACGGUCAGCUUCAACGACGGGCAUGUUUCUUUCGUGGACACCAGGAUGGCAGGUGAUCAAGUGACCAGGUACGAUGUACACAGUCACAGGGUCCGAACAGUGGAUGUCCACCCUUCUCAGAGCCAGUAUUUUGUAACAGCCAGUACAGACAGACUGGCAAAAAUUUGGGACAGACGGAAAAUGAGCAAGAGGCAGCCAGAACCAAUCGCAACACUGCAACACCGUAGGUCCUGUACUUCUGCUUUCUUCUCUCCAGUGAGCGGUGAUAAGGUUGUAACAACCUCCAUGGAUAAUACUCUUAGAGUCUUCAACUCCAGCAAUUUCAUUGGAGACAUUAAGAUGACUACCUGCAUAAAACACUUGAACGAGACUGGCCGGUGGCUGACGCCAUUCCGUGCGACUUGGGUUCCUCAAAGUGAUGAUGUUUUUCUUGUGGGCAGCAUGCUCCAUCCAAGGUGUAUAGAGGCAUACACCACACAUGGAUCAUUGAUGCACAAGUUCGUCGGCGAAAGUUUUGGCUCAGUUUGCUCAGUUGUGGACAUGCACCCAGAACAGUCUAUUCUUGCCUGUGGAAACUCUAGUGGCAAAGUUUAUAUCUUCAAAGAAAUGUGAAUAGUGUCUUCCGAACCACACUUGUAAAAUAACCUUGAAGCUAAGGGCAGCCUCUGUAUUUUUAUGCUUUUAUUUUGUGGACAUAUCAAAAAUUAUAAUAAAAUUCAUUUGUAAACUUA